AGAACAAAUGGUGAAUGGUCCUCGACAAUCAACUGCUCAACUGCACUCUUGUCCGCAGGACCCCCUUCCCUCUCAUCUCCCUGUCGCACCGCCAACAGGGUUCCGUAUGCCCUUUAAUGUGGCCGCACCUCGCGGCCGUGACCCUCGCCUCUCUGGAUGCUAAUGCGCUCCAUUUCCUGCUUCCUGUCUCGGUCGACACAACAGAAAGCAUGGCCUCCCUUUCAUGCACCUACCGGUCUCUGUGCCACGCGAACGAGACAAGCACUGUUCUCUUGUGAUCCCCUCCGUUUCAGUCCCUCGAGCAACGCUUAAUGCCACCAUGGAAGGAAGUCUCCUCCUCGCUUGCUCUCACCCAUCUUUGGUCACACGAGAACGAAGCCGAGCUUUCCUGCCAUGAACCAAGGAAAGACACAAUGCAACGUCACCAGCAAUGGAGUUUUCUCUUCUCAGGAGGAGCACGGCAUUGCUGAUGCUUGACUUCAUGUAACUCUUCUUUUUCUGUGCUCUUAGGUGGUGAUGACCGCACUCCAUUCCUCGGAGAACAUGACAAGCCUUGUCAUUCCGCCUAUGGUGGUGGUGUUGGUGGUUCUACUGUUUGUUUAUGGUAUUCGGUGGACCCUGGCUUCUUCUUCGUGAGCUCCUCUAAUCUCUCACAUCAUCCUUGGCUCUAAGACUUUGUUUACCUUUACUUGAUGUCUUGUUCGACACACUCUUCGCCACUGCACAAGAAAAGGACCUUAAAUUAGACCAAGUCCAUAACCAAUUCAAGCCUUCUUUUCUUUGGAUUCCACAUGAACUGGACAUGAAAAGCAAGAAGAAAGAAAGAAGCAACGGCAAGCAUAUUUCUUCCCUACCUUUCUGCUCUGCUUCCAUGCACCUCGGAAGAGCAACAAUGGUGAGCAAAGCAAAGAGGAACCUCCUGCCUUCCGGUCAUCUUCUCCUUCCUCCGUCCAUGAAGAACUUCGCCUCAUGCUUCAGCGAGCACGCAGUCAAAGUCUCCGAGCCCUCCUGCUCGGGGAGCAGCAGCAGCGGCGGCAACUCCUUGGUGGUCGACACCAGCUGCUCGGUUCUUAGCGCCGUCACCUGCCUCUACCGGACGAGGCUGAUCGCCACGCAGAGGGAGCUCCUCAUCAGGGUCGCCUGGUCCAAGGGGCAUGCCGGCCCCAUGCUUUCCGUUGGCAUCGACGACAACCCGUCGGUCGACCGGUGGGAGCCAAACGCCAUGAACUGUCAGCUGCUGAGGAAGAAGAAGGGCAGCAGGGGGUACGCCGCCGGGGACUGCGCCGUUCGACUUCACUGGGACAUUUCCUCUGCUAAGUUCGGAUCGGGUCCGGAGCCGAUCGAUGGGUUCUAUGUCGUGAUGGUCGUGAACUCGGAGCUCGCGCUGUCGCUCGGAGACAUGAGCGAAGAAUGCACGCGAAGGUUCGAGGAGGCGCUUCCGGCCGCGGAAUCCUCGAUGAUCAGCCGGAAAGAACAGGUCAUCGGCCAGGGACUUCACUCCACGAGAGCUCGGUUUCGGGAGGACGGCGGCGACCACGAGAUCACCAUCAGGUGCAAGGAAGACGGGUGGGACGCCAAGGAGUCGGAGCUGUCGGUGACGGUCGACAAGAAGCGGGUGGUGCACGUGAGGCGGCUGCGGUGGAACUUCCGGGGGAACCAGACGCUCUUCAUCGACGGGUCGCCGGUGGACAUGAUGUGGGACAUGCACGGGUGGAGGUUCGGCAACGCGCCGGGGUGGGCGGUGUUCAUGUUCCGGAAGCGGAGCGCGUUGGAGAGCAGGCUGUGGCUGGAGGAGGAGACGGUGGACAGGGAGCAAGGCGGCGCGUCGGGGUUCUCCCUGCUGAUACAACAAGCCUUCAAGAGCACUUGAAGAAGCUUGGCGAGGCGUGUGAUGUUGGCUGGCUUUCUACUGUUGCGCGUGAGCAGUCACUGACUCGAUCGAGUUGCAGAGAUGUGAAUUGGUGGAUUGGGAUGGAGAGUAGAUUGCUUCUUCCCCAACCCCCCCUUUCUUUCUUUCUUGUUGAUAAUACAGUUUCAGUUUUUUUUCUCUUUACAUUAUCAGUUGACUUUUUUGAGAAGAAAAAAAAUUCCAAGGCAUGGAGAUGAAGCUUUCUUA